GAGAGUCAGACAUACUGGUUGGUCGAAUUAGAACUCACUUAUUAUCCUACUACAAUAUUAAAGUUUAUAAGAAAACCAGAUCGACGAGAUCAUCACUGCAAAAUUACAAAUCAUUGCUUUUAUUUUCUUCUUCUUUUUUCUUAUUCAAAAAAACUGAAAAUUAAUGAUGAGGAGAAGCCGAAGAAACCCGUCGACGGCGUCGUUUUUGAUCAUCUGUGUUGAUAUGAUUAUUUUGUGGUGUAGUUUCACCGAAGGUAGGGUUAAGAUAGCGCGCAACAAGACAGUUUCGGCGGUGAUUAUGUUCGGAGAUUCAAUAGUGGACACUGGUAAUAACAACAACAAUAUCUUAUCUCCGGCCAGGUCUAAUUUUCCUCCCUAUGGUCGUGACUUCAGAGGAGGAAAAUCCACCGGAAGAUACUCCAAUGGCAAGGUUCCUUCCGACCUCUUUGCUGACGGAUUGGGAAUCAAAGAGCUAUUACCACCCUAUGCUGAUCCAAAUUUAACACCGAAAGACCUCCUAACUGGUGUGUGCUUUGCUGUUGGUGGAGUAGGAUAUGAUCCAUUUACCUCGAAGCUUGCGAAUGUUCCUCCACUAAGUGACCAAUUGGAGAAGUUCAAAGAGUACAUAGAAAAGUUGAAAGGAAUAGCUGGAGAAGAAAAAACAAAGUUCAUCUUAGCAAACAGUAUCAUUCUUAUAGUACUAAGCAGUAACGAUAUUGCUAAUACCUAUUUUGCUGCUGUCGCUUUUAGAAGAUUGCAAUACGACAUUUCUUCUUACACUGAUCUUAUGGUCAGUUAUGCUACUGACUUCGUCAAGGACUUGUAUGGAUUGGGAGCAAGAAGAAUUGGGGUUAUGGGGGCACCUCCAAUUGGAUGUGUACCAUCUCAACGAACCGUAGGAGGAGGAAUAAAGAGGAAUUGUUAUGAUGAAGAGAAUGAAGCUGCCAUAAUGUUUAAUUCUAAACUCUCUGCAUCGUUGGAUUCACUCACAAAAAAUUAUGUUAGCCGUGAUACAAGACUUGUCUAUGUCGAUAUCUACUAUCCACUCCUUGAUGUCAUUCAAAACCCUACUCGAUACGGGUUUACAAUUUCCAAAAAAGGGUGUUGUGGCACUGGGCUUAUAGAGGCAGCAUUAACAUGCAACCCAUUCGACACUACAUGCGUGGAUGCAACUAAAUAUGUGUUUUGGGAUGCUUACCAUCCAACGGAAAAGGCAUACAAAGUUAUUGUGAAUGUUGUUAUAUCAGCUUUGUCUAAAACAAAUGUUAUUUAAUAUAUAUUUAUAUAUAUAGGGAGGGAUGGAGUGUCUGUGGUAUGGUAGAUUAAUCUGCCAUACGGAAACGGUAUAAUCUCAGCCGUCCACGUGGCAUGCGUGUAGCAUGAUAAAGUGAGGGAGUAUUUGUUUGUCAUGGACCUUUUUUUUUUCUUGUCUUUAUGACCUAAUAAUAAAGAAGGUUGUUGAAUUAAAAAUAGUU